AUGGCAGAAGAGCUGAGGGGAUCGUGCCGAAAUGCUGACGGCAGUGCAAAGUGCUGCGUUGGGCGUCAAGCGGACUGUCUGGGGCAGCAACCGCUCUAUGCCUCCUUUUAUGCCUUCAGGGCUCGUCCAUCGCAAAAAGCCUUUGGUAGUUAUCGGCGUUGCCAUUGUGACGAAUCUUGCCUCCUUACGCAGGACUGUUGUCCGGACUACCGACAGCUCUGCCAUAAACCCAAAGUCGACUGCAGAGUCUCCGCCUGGACAAACUGGAGUCCUUGCAGCAAUGCCUGCGGACAGGGCAGGCAACGACGAUCGCGAGUCAUUAUUGAAUCCCCAAAGAAUGGCGGUGAGCGGUGUCCAUUCCUGGAAGAGAGCAGGAAGUGUGAUGGGAUACAUGGCAGCCACUGUCGAUUUGUCCGUUCGGGGUCACGGAUGCGACGACUUGAUGCGCAAACAGAGGUUGCCAACCUUCUGCCAGUUCAAGGCGAUAUUCAAGACAAACUGAGACACUUUGAUAUGAGAUGGGACAUUCGCAGGAGACUGUACUUGGUACAGCUAAUGCAACAGAAUCAAACGGAAGUCCCCGACCCCGAACCGUACUGUGUCAUGUACAAAAUUGUCUACGCCAACCCCUCCUGCCAAUCGGGGAAGCCGGCCUGGACUUUUCCAUCAGACAACGACGAUACCUGG